CGCUCUGGGCGGAUCCGGCCGGCGGAUGGUAGUGAGAGUCGAGCCAGGGGGAGGCGCUGUGGGGCGAGGGUCCGGGUCGGGGUCUGGGCCGGGCCAGGAGGCCCGAGACGGCCGAGCCCGGUGCGCCCAGAGGGCGGCGAGGCAGCCAUGGCGGAGGCGGCGUCGCAGCACCUGGCGCUGCCCUCGGGGCUGUUGGAGCUGUGCGCGCUGGUCGGGCCCCCCAGGGACAGCCUCCGCGGCCUGGAGCAGGCGGCCCAGAGACGGGGCUCCCAGAGCCUGCCCUGCCUCGACCCGGAGGUGCUGUCUGUGUUCGCGCCCCCGUUCGUCAGCAGGGAGGACGGCCCGCUGGCCGGUGCGGGCUGCGGGACCCUGAGCAAAGCCAAGCGGCGCUCCUUCCGGAAGAAGAGGGAGAAGGCCAAAGUGGAGCCCGGCAAGGGCCUCCCGGAGGGCCCUCGGGGGCCGGACGCCGAGGACGUGAGCGUCCCCAACGGCGUGGACCUGCUGGCCCUGCCUCAGCUGUGCUUCCCAGGGGGCCUGAGCGUGGCCUCGGAGCCAAAGGAGGACUGCGUCCACUUCCUGGUGCUGACCGACGUCUGCGGGAACAGGACGCACGGCGUCGUCGCCCAGUACUACCGGCCGCUGCACGACGAGCACUGCUUCUACAACGGCAGGCCGCACUGGGAGUCGUCCUGGCCGCCCGCCAGCGCCGCCGGCUGCUUCGUGCCCUUCGCCGUGUGCGUGGUCUCCAGCUUCCCCUACUACAACGCACUCAGGGACUGCCUGUCCUGCCUGCUGGUGCACCUGAAGCUCUGUAAAGACUUCGAAGUCGACAAACACAUAAAAGAUUUUGCCGCGAAACUGUCUUUAAUCCCGAGCCCUCCGCCCGGACCGCUGCAUUUGGUCUUCAACAUGAAGCCGCUGCAGGUGGUCUUCCCCUCCCGGGCGGACCCUGAGAGCCCCGUCAUCGACCUGGACCUGCACCUGCCCCUGCUGUGCUUCCGCCCCGAGAAGGUGCUGCAGGUGCUGGCCUGCCUGCUGACGGAGCAGAGGGUCGUCUUCUUCUCGGCCAGCUGGGCGCUGCUGACGCUGGUGACUGAGUGCUUCCUCGUCUACCUGCACCCCCUGCGGUGGCAGCACACCUUCGUGCCCGUGCUGUCGGGCCAGAUGCUGGACUUCGUCAUGGCGCCCACCUCCUUCCUCAUGGGCUGCCACCUCCGCCACUUCGAGGAAGUCAGCAAGGAAGCUGACGGCCUCGUGCUGGUCAACAUCGACACCGGCAGCGUCACCUCCUCCAAUGAUGAGGACGUGGACGUCCCCGACAUCCCCCUCCUGGCGGCGCAGACCUUCGUCCAGAGGGUUCAGAGCCUCCAGCUGCACCGUGAGCUGGACCUCGCUCACCUGGGCGCCAGCACCGACCUGAACGCGGGGCGCGCCCGCCGGCGGGCCUGGCAACAGCAGCUCAACAGCCAGAUCCAGAGGCUCACCCUGCAGCUGCUGGUCAGCGUCUUCAGGGAGGUGAAGAACCACCUGAAUUACGAGCACCGAGUGUUCAACAGCGAGGAGUUUCUGAAGACUCGAGCUCCCAGCGACCAGCGCUUCUACAAGCAGGUCUUGGAGACCUACAUGUUCCACUCCUUCCUCAAAGCCCGGCUCAGCCGCAGGAUGGACGCCUUCGCCGAGCUGGACCUCAGCACGCAGUCGGAGGAGGACAGAAUCGACGGGGUGCUGGUGAGUCCAAGAAGACCGACCGUCGGCAAAAUGCCCUCGCGCAAGCCUUCGCCGCUUCGCGCGGCCCACCGGCGCAUGGUGGUCAGCAUGCCCAACCUGCAGGACAUCGCGGUCCCCGAGCUGCCGCCCCGCAACGCCUCGCUCCGCGAUGACAUCCCGCGCGGCAGGGGCAGCAGCAGCUCAGUUGCGGACGUGAGCCCCAGGCCGACGUACACGUUCAAGAUCCCGGAAGUGCACUUCCCGCUGGUGAGCCAGUGCGUGCAGGCGUACUACUCCGACUGCGUGGACCUGCUGAGCAAGGCCAUGAGCUGCCUGGCGCCCGACAACUCCGUGCUGCUGGCCCGGUACUUCUACCUGCGCGGGCUCGUGCGCCUGAUGCAGGGCGAGCUGCUGGACGCCCUGCUCGACUUCCAGAGCCUGUACAAGACGGACCUGCGGAUCUUCCCCGCCGACCUGGUGCGGCGCACUGUGCAGUCCAUGGCGGGCCCCACGCGGGCCCAGGCCGAGUGCCGGCCGGAGCUGCGCAGGCUCAUCAGCGAGGUGCUGGAGCAGCCCGGGGAGGCCCCCAAGGCCGACGACCGCGUGAAGCACUUUGAGCUGCCGAGCAAGCACAUGGGGCUGGACGAGUUCGUGCGCAGGGUCCAGGAGUCGGGCAUCGUGCGGGACGUCAACACCAUAAGCCGCUUGUUCGAGGCCCUGACUGUGGGACAGCAGAAACUGAUCGACCCGGAGACGUUCAAGGACUUCUACACCUGCUGGAAGGAGACGGAGGCGGAGGCCCAGGAGGCCAGCCUGCCGGCGUCGGCGCUGGCGCACCUGGACAAGAGCGAGUGCGUGUUCAAGCUGUCCAGGUCCGUGAAGACGAACCGCGGCGUGGGCAAGAUCGCCAUGACCCAGAAGCGCCUGUUCCUCCUGACGGAGGGCAAGCCGGGCUACGUGCACAUCGCCACCUUCCGGGACCUGGAGGAAGUCCGGAGCAGCACGGUCGCCGUCCUGUUUCUCCGGGUACCCACGUUAAAGAUUAAGACGGCGUUCAAGAAGGAGGUCUUCGAGGCGAACCUGAAGUCGGAGUGCGACCUGUGGCACCUGAUGGUGAAGGAGAUGUGGGCGGGGAAGACGCUGGCGGACGACCACAAGGACCCGCAGUACGUCCAGCAGGCGCUGACGCACGUCUUGCUGAUGGACGCGGUGGUGGGCGCGCUGCAGUCUCCCGGGGCCAUUUACGCCGCCUCCAAGCUAGCCCACUUCGACAAGAUGAAGAGCGAAAUGCCCACGGCAGUCCCCAAGACGACCGCGGAGACCCUGCGGCACAAGAUCAACCCCUCGGCCGGAGAGACGGUGCCCCAGGCCGUGGAUGUCCUGCUGUACACGCCAGGGCACCUCGACCCAGCGGAGAAAGCCGGCGACGCGCACCCCAAACUGUGGUGCGCCCUCCACCAGGGCAGGGUGGUGGUCUUCGACGCGUCGUCCUGGACUGUUCACCAGCACUGCGUCAGGGUGGGCGCCUCCAAGCUGAACUGCAUGGCGAUGGCGGAGCAGAACCAGGUGUGGGUCGGCUCCGAGGACUCCGUCAUCUACAUCAUCAACACCCACAGCAUGUCCUGCAACAAGCAGCUCACCGACCACCGGGCCAGCGUCACGGGCCUGGUGGUGCAGGACGGGCCCGGGGCCCCCAGCCAGGUGUACUCGUGCAGCGUGGACGGGACGAUCCUGGUGUGGAACGUGGGCACGCUGCGGGUGACCAGCCGGUUCCAGCUGUCGGGCGGCGGCCUCUCGGCCAUCAGCCUGCACGGAGGCUGCCUGUGGUGCUGCACCGGGAACAGCAUCGUGGUCGUGAGCGGCUGCCUCCGCCAGGAGCUGAAGAUCGACGGGGGCUUCCAGGAGAGGAGCACCUGCUUCGUGGCCUUCCAGCUCGUCCCCGAGCAGGCGCAGCUGUGGGCGGUCUGCUCCGGCUACGACGACGUCUACGUGUGGGGCCUGGAGGACCUGGCCGGGCCGCCCGGGAGGGUGCACCUGCCCGACUGCUCCGAGGUGCACUGCAUGAUCAGGGUGAAGAGGCAGAUCUGGGUGGGCGGCACAGGCCUGUCGCAGGGGAGGCCCAAGGGCAAGAUCUACGUGAUCGAUGCCGAGAGGCGGACCGUGGAGAAGGAGCUGGUGGCCCACGCGGACGCCGUGCGGACCCUGUGCUCGGCGGAGGGCCGGUACGUGCUGAGCGGCUCCGGCCAGGAGGAGGGGAAGAUCGCCAUCUGGACGGUGGAGUGAGCGCGGGCGCGCGGGAGCUGGGCUCCGGGAGCCUGUGCCCACGCCGCUGCCCGGGGAGCGGGCGGCAGUCAGCCCGCU